GCAGUUAGCGUGAGUCGGGACUCGGCGUUUUGUUCCUCCUCGGCAGGUUCAGUUCUCCGGUAGCGGCCGUCGAGCGACGAAUUGCAGCCAGGACGUUCCCUUCCGUCUGCGCCCGCGGGGGUUUUCUCAACUCUUCUCAGACUUAAACCCCGGGAAGUGACUUCUGGGAUAGUUCUGCGUCCGAGUAGCUGGAUGAUGGAUUUGCGGAUUUUACUCCCUGCUCUCCUGGUUGUCUUCGGCUUGGCGACAGUUUUCGCCCAGUCUUCCGCACCUGACCAAGUUUGCGAGGCAAAGAAUGGGACAAGCUGUGAGGAAUGUCUGAAAAACGUGACGUGCUUGUGGUGUAUCAAAACCAAGUCGUGUAUGACAUAUCCAGUGAAGACCAUCCUUCCACCCCAUGAACUCUGCCCACUUAAUGAUGCACGCUGGGGGCUGUGCUGGAUGAACUUCCAGACGCUGAUAAUCACCUUGGCAGUGAUUGGCGGAGUUAUCAUCAUUGCCUUCCUGGUCUGCUUGUUCUGCUGCUGCAAGUGUGAGAACUUCGGAUCCAAAAGGUUUGAGGCCAAGAUGCAGAGACAGGCCAAUAAGAUUAAAACCAAGCAGGAAGAAAGGAGGGAAGAGAUGAAACAGAGACAUGAGGAAAUCAGGAAGAAAUAUGGUCUAAGUGGGCAAAACCCGUACUCCAGGUUUGCAUGAGAGUAUCAGUGAAAUGACAUUUUGCACCAUGAACCUCCUGUUUUUCCCUGCUCUCUGAUGGCUCACAUCACAGACAGCAGCAGGGUGUCUUGUGAAUGUGAAUGAUGACAUGACCUGGGAAUUAAUGUAAACUACAAUUAAGAAAAUGUCAGAAAAGUGACAGUGGUUUUGUAUAGACAGCUUUUUGGUGUCAUUUAGCCAGUGAACAGGAAUUUUAUGUUGUCUGUAAUGAUUCAAGAGGCUGGAACCAAAGGCUAGAAUAGACCCAUGUAGCAGCAGUGUUCUUCAAGAAUAUAGUAGUCUAUCAUUUGGCUCCUAUAGCAUCAGACUGCUCAUAUACUAUUUAUUAGUUGAGUUUAAUUGUACAGUAUGGAAAGAAUCCCGUUUGAUAGCUGAACAAACGUUCCUUUUGCACAAGAAAAUCUGUUGCAUAUGUAAAUUUUCAGAUGCCACCUUUUUUGUUGGAGUUCCUGUUGAGUGUAGACAUGUACUUAGAAAUGAUAACCUAUUUUUGUACUUGCUUUAAUUUUUCUCAUUUCUUUUUCUUGUUCCAAAAUGACUCAUUCCUAUUCUGAAAUGUACAUGAUGGAGGCCAUUUUCAUUGUGUUAUUGCUGUAUGUUCCACUCAUAGGAAUGUUUUAUUAAUUUUUUUUAACAUAAUAGGUUCUGAAAAUAUGUUCAUAUGUUUGCAUUCUAUGAAAUCAAAAUGAAAUCUUCAUCCUUGCACUAUGAAUUAGUAAACCAAUCAUUAACUUAAGUUGAAUGUAUUGAUCCUGGUGACUGAAUUCAGUCUAAUUCUACUAUUACCUGUAUAUCCUGUAAAGACACCAAGACCUAAUAAAGACUUAGGCCAAUAAUUAAUUCUGCCAGCUUUUGCUGUGUUUGUACAUUGCCUUCAUUUUGCUUUCAUUAAAAUGACAGCUUUACCUUUA